AUGAUAGGGGAGACCAAGGCUGAAGCUAAGGAGCUGUUAAACAAUUAUUACGGUUCUAUAUUCACACAUGAAAAAGAAGAAAAAAUACCAGUAGCUAAAUAUAAUUCUAACUGGAACAUUUUUGGCAAGGAGUUCAGAAUUACAGAAACGGAAGUUGUAUUUGAACUUGGACAAUUGAAGAAGGACAAAAGUCCAGGAAUUAAUGAGUUUUUUAGAGUUAUACGAGUUUAUCAAGUUUUAUCGAGUUAUUUGAGUUAUAUCGAGUUAUACGAGUCAUACGAGUUAAACGAGUCUAUCGAGUUCAUCGAGAUCACUGAGUUAUAUCGAGUAAUAUCGAAUUAUACGAGUUUUAUGGAGUUAUACAAGUUAAACGAGUCUAUCGAUUUCAUCAAGUUCAUCGAGUUAUACGAGUGA